ACCAACAUUACGUAUAUACCAAUUAUAAAUAUCAAGAUGCAAGACUGUUUAAUUGAAUUCCUUCGCGCAGAGUGUGAUAGAUGCCUGAAAUCCGUAAUUUACGAUACCAACGAGUAGCGUCAAUACCGUGCUCCUGCGGGAGAACACGAGGUUCUAUUUUCGCCGUCGAAAGAGGCGCAGCGUGGGAUACUGUUCGGGGUUUCCGUGGCGCGGUGCUUUAGUACCGUCAGCCUCGUCGUUUCGCGCGGAACUUGGACGCCCGGAAUAGUUCCGUCGAGCGCUGUAAAAAGUUUUUCGCUGCACGUCGAAAUCGGAACGCGGCUGGUGGCCGCGUAGUAGACAAACCGUGGUGUUUGUCGCUGCCGUUCCAUAGGCGUUCGCAGCGAGACCUCUUCGUGAUCGGAAGCUUAUUUCUUAAUUCUCGAUGGAAGUGGACACGGAGAACGUCAGGAUGAACGAGACGAUGAUGAGGCCUGAUGACGGUGUCAUCAACAGCAGCGAUAACGAUGCGGAAGCGCCCACCGUGGAGGAGUCCUACGAGAUCACCACUACCAGACGCAAAACCAUCCGCACCAGCUAUAAGAUCCAGGAGACUUCCUCGUCAACCAAGACAACCACCAUGACGACAGCAGCCAAGCUGUAUGGCAAGGAUCUGAGCGAGUAUGAUGACAUUGAUGUGGAUCAAUUGUUGGCAGAGCUCACGCCGGAGGAACUCAAUAUACUGGCCAAGGAGGUAGACCCAGAUGACAGCUUUAUGCCACCUUCGCAACGUUGCAGCUACGAAUGCAACAAGAGUCCUACAGGGCCACUAAAUCGAAAGAAACUCAUUGAACAUAUCAAUAAACAAGCUCUAGAGACACCUGAUAUUCCAGAAUUGAAGCCAUAUGUACCUGGUGUAGUUAGAGGGAAAAAAUGGAUACCUCCGCCACAAGAGACCAUAAAAGAAAAGGAAGCAGAGGAACAGAUCGCGAUAGAUCUUGGUGAUGAAUACGAACAAGCGCUUUCAGCUGCCACUCAAGAAGAAAUUAUUGAUCUUGCUGCUAUUCUUGGAUUCCAUUCCAUGAUGAAUCAAGAUCAAUAUCAUGCGUCUCUAUUGAAUUCUGGACAACCAGUCGGGCUUGGCUGGGAUGGAGUGACGAAAGCUAGUCAACCGAAAGUUUAUCCAUCGGAGCCACCCAACGACACGGACGUCGAUGCAACCAUUAAACAAGUGCGAGAUGAUGACUCCGCUUUGAUUGACUUAAACUGGAACAAUAUUAAAAAUAUUUCAGACGAAAAAUUCGUACAGUUGUUUGAAGCAUUGGAAAUAAACACACAUCUUGAAUCACUAAGUUUAACUAACGUUGGACUCAACGACAAGACCGCACAACGGCUGGCCGAUGCUUUAGAAAAGAAUUCGACACUCAGAGUACUCAACGUGGAGACGAAUUUCAUAAGUCCACCUGUGAUAGUAAGGCUGAUCAGAUCCCUUCUUAAGGCAAAAUCCAUCGAAGAAUUUCGAUGUUCGAACCAGAGGUCACAAGUACUGGGCAAUAAGAUCGAAAUGGAAAUCACACAAUUGGUAGAACAAAAUCCGACGUUGCUACGACUUGGAUUGCAUCUCGAGUUCAAUGAUGCUAGACAUCGCGUGGCUGCACAUCUGCAACGCAACAUUGACAGGAAUCGCCUGCGUCGCAUGGGAAGAGCUUCCCGCAACUACACCAUCGGCUGGACCAUAAUGCAUUGACGAUGAUCGCCACGACGAUGGCAACGAUGACGACGGCGACGAAGAUGAUAAUGCGCCGGUGCAGCGCCGUAAAAUAUGGUCUGUACACAUAUACAUUACACAUACAUACACGAUACUAUACCGCAGCGCAGGGUCGAAUCCUUAGGUUCUCGGGAAUCUUCUGUACGCUUCUGGAUCCUCUGGAUCUCGAAAUCGUCGCGGACGAUUUUUAGCUCGUUCGAAACGAAACGCUCGAUCGCGGAGGUGAAGCUGUCGGAAGCUUCGCAUGCGACAAAAUUAUACGCGUGAAUUGUGUCUCGUCUUUGUUGCUCUAAAAAGAAUUACAUUUAUAUAAAUAUUAUAUUCCUGCACCAGAGCUGUGUCGUGCGAAAGAUACUCUAAUGACGAUGUAAUAAAUUUAAACCGUCGUAUGAAUAUGACACACACACACACACACACGGUACUGUUAUUUUAUAUACAUAUAUGACGAAUAUUGUCCUCUCUAAUUGUUAAUCAUUGGAAAUGAUAUGACAUUUGCGGCGAAAGGAGCCGGAGUCAUUUUUUUAACGUGAUGCGCACCAAGAUUCCCGUUCAUCGCUUUAACGUGGCUACCUAACUGGAUUAUUUAAAUAUUUAUACACGAAAGAGAAGUUCUCUUUUAAUUAAUUCGACCAAACAUUUGCCCGAGCGUACCGCUGAGCGAUCGGGUACAAACUAUAUUCUGUGUUCAUCUCUUUUUUUCUUUUUUUUCUUUUUAUCAAGAGAAUGUCUUAUUAAUUCAUAUUCUAUCUCUUUGCUCACUACUGCCUAAUCGUUGUGGAACAAUUCAUGGUCUUUUAUGCAAAAUAAGCGAAUAGCUACAUUUAAUUGGUUUUACUACGUCGCUAUGUGAUUGAAAUGUAUAUAUUUAUACAUAGAAUGAAUAUCGAAACACUUAUAUGAAAAGAUUAUGAAUUCUUCUUCAAAACAUUAAAAUAAUUGAAUCGA